CAAUGGAGAAGUGCGGUGAAAAGUGAAGCAGCAGUAGAGGCCAAAGGAAGAGGAAGAAGAAGAAAAAGAAGGACAACAAUAGCACGUGGAGAGAACGCAGCGUAGCGGUGCCUUACGGCGGGUACAGUAUCUACAUUGAGCCGCCACUGAGCACCUUCUGUACUAGGGAAGAAAAGGAACAAGAACACGUAGGACCCAAGAAGCCAUACGAAGCGCUAAAAAUCACAAAAACAAAUUAACAAUGGGGAAAAACAAAAGACCAAAAAGCUACUAUGUUCAGCUGGCUAAGAAACAGAAGAGCUACCACAAUGUUCUGAGUCCUGGACUGACAGGAUUUCUGUGUACUUGCAAUGACCGGGAGAGAGAGUGUGUACUGGAAGCCUACAAUAUCCUGAAUGAGUAUGCAGACCAGAUGUAUGGCAAGGAAGUGAUUCCAGAUAUGAAUGUAGUAGAUGAAGGAAAAUCUAGUGAGGCAAUACAAGACAGCACCGAAGAACAACCUGAUAACAGUAAGCCGGAGACUGAGAAGGAUGGGAAGUCCAGUCCAAGUCAACAAAAGCAAGAGGAAAUUGAAGGAGCCAACGAUUCUGAUGAAGAAUUCUCGUCUCUUGAUGCUGCUAUCAAGGCCGAUGUUGAAGAACUUCAAAAAGAAAGUGAAAAGAAACAUAGACAUUUAAGAAGAUUUGGUCAGGUGGCAACAGGAGCAAAAAAUUAUGUCUUCAUCCGUUCCACUCUUGAGGAUCCCCUUCCCCUUUCUCUGACCAUAAUGGAUGAUAUUCUGAAGCUACAGCGGCAGAAAACAAAAAAACUUAUUCGUAUGAUUCCAGUGCAAGCAACAUGCAAAGGCUUUCAGGAUGACAUUGUGAAAACAGUAAAGAAUUUAUGUGAAUCAUAUUUCAGAGAAAAGGGAGAGUCAUUUUACAUUGCUAUUAAAGUAAGGAACAAUAGUUCAGUAGAACGAGAGUCCCUGAAAACAUCUCUCAUAACAGCAGUCAGUGAAGCUCACUCUGCAAACACACCAGAACUGAAAGAUCCAGAAGUAGUUGUGAAUAUAGAUGUGAUUAAAAAUGUCUGCUGCAUAAGUUUGUUGCCAGGAUAUUUUACAAAGUAUUGUAAAUACAAUUUGUUAAGUUUAGGUAAUAAAAAGGAAAAUGGAAAAAGUGCACCAAAGAAUGAAGACAGUAAAAGUGAAGUUUCAGAGAGGGAAGUUGAACCCAAGUAAAUUCAAACUGCAUAGCAUUGUAAAUAUUGUGAAAUGAAGCGCCACAAAAAUUAAUGGUCUGCAAAAGUUUAUGAUAAUAUAUAGGAAAGGGAUGGAAAGCACAUUUCAUAAAACAUUGAUUUAAUGCCCCCUUCUUAUGAGGAGAUAGAAAGGAAUAAAAUAUAUAUAUGAGAAGGUGUGAAAAGAAUCUUAUAAAAAGAUAGCAAAGGAAUCAGAUGUUGUUGUUGUUUUUUUUAGGAGAUAAAAGAGAUGUAGAAUAUUAUUUUAUUAAAAGAUAGAAAAGGGAUUGAAUAUUAUGUUGUUAGAGGACAGAAAAGGGAUAAAAUAUUAUUUGAUGAAAAGAUAGAAAAGGAAUCAAGUAUCAUAUUGUAUUGAGAAGAUAGCAAGAGAAUAAGAUAUUAGAAGGUAGGAAUAAUACCAAAAGUCGCUUUGAAAAACAAGGCACAAAGCAUUUUCUGACUUUCAAAAAAAGACUUAGUUACAUACCAUUGUUCUUAAAUAAAUAUAAACAAACUGCAGCAAAAAUGUCAUUGAUACAAGCACUUAAAUGAAGGAAUAAAAGUUGACAGCAAUAGUUUGGUGUUGCAGAUGUCACACAUUGAGAAGAGUUAAAUCAACUGAUGGUGUUUGAACAAGAAAGAAAGGUAAUCAUGUAUGGUUUUUGUUCAUUUGAAGAAACAAGGAACAAGCAUGUUUUGUAAUUGAGUGUGGCCCUUUAUAUAUACCUUUUAUGUAUAUAUAAGCACUGUCAUGUGUGUUGCAGUUCAUUUUGUUAUUUUAUAAAUAUUUUACAUGUUUGUAAAUAUAAAUGACUACCUAAUA